GGGUGGCCAAACUAUGCCGUUAUCCUCUGUGUCUCUCCACCCUCCACCGGCUCUCCCGCCAACUUCAAACCGCUCGCCGCCGCCCGUCUCCCGCCUCCCGCGGCUCACACGCCGCCGCAGCGUCCUCCUCGCACGCGCGGGCGCCGCGGACAUGGCCGCCCCUGCCGCGGCCUCGCCAUCGGCCCCGACGCUGCUCGAGUACAUGGGCCGGGCCGGCACGCCCGCCGACCUCGCCGUCCUCGUCGCCCACAUCCAGGGCGCCUGCAAGAGCAUCGCCGCGCUCGCGGCGUCCCCGGGAAACGCGGACCUGUCGCGGGCGAAGGCGGCAGGCGGCGGGGCAGAGGCGGUGGCCGCCGGGCGGGACGCGCCCAAGCCUCUCGACGAAUUGUCGAAUGAGAUCAUCUUGUCGUCACUGCAAAGUUCGGGAAAAGUUGCAGUGGUAGCGUCUGAAGAAAAUGAUCUCCCUGUCUGGAUGUGCGAUGAUGGUCCCUAUGUUGUUGUCACAGACCCGCUUGAUGGUUCUCGCAACAUUGAGGUCUCCAUCCCCACCGGGACAAUAUUUGGGAUAUACAAUAGGCUGGUGGAACUUGACAAUCUUCCCGUAGAGGAAAGAGCUCAGCUAAAUUCUCUGCAAAGUGGAACUCGUAUGGUCGCUGCUGGUUACAUCCUGUAUUCAUCUGCCACCAUCUUUUGUAUCAGCUUCGGUGCAGGAACCCAUGGCUUCACCUUGGAUCGGUCGACGGGAGAAUUUAUUCUGACACAUCCUUCCAUCCAAAUACCCCCUAGAGGACAGAUAUAUUCAGUGAAUGAUGCACGAUAUUUCGACUGGCCUGAGGGCCUAAGGAAGUACAUUGACACGAUCAGACAAGGCAAGGGGCAGCAUCCGAAGAAAUACUCAGCCCGGUAUGUUUGCUCACUGGUCGCUGAUUUUCAUCGGACACUCAUCUAUGGUGGAGUCGCAAUGAACCCAAGGGAUCACCUUCGGUUGGUUUAUGAGGCAAAUCCUCUUAGUUUCCUUGCCGAGCAGGCUGGGGGUCGAGGCUCAGAUGGCAAGGCCAAAAUCCUUUCCAUUCAGCCUGUGAAGCUGCACCAGAGGCUGCCAUUGUUUCUCGGAAGCAUGGAGGACAUGCUUGAGUUAGAAAGCUAUGGAGAUGUCCAGCAGAAGGUCAAUCCUGGAUAUGAAGUUUAGUGUGACAAAGUAGGUAAAAUCUUCAGUUAUUGUAGCAUACAAUGAGGUAACAAAUGUAUGUAUGGCAAGUCUAUAUUUGCAAUAACAAUGUUGUCUGUGUCUUGUUUUC